AGAAGAAGAAGAAGAAGAAGAAGAAGAAGAAGAAGAAGAAGAAGAAGAAGAAGAAGAAGAAGAAGAAGAAGAAGAAGAAGAAGAAGACGACACCCGGAAGAAGUGAAGUUGAGCCCAGAUUUACCGAUGAGUGGUAGUUUUUGUUGGAAGUUGUGUUGUCAGCAGCUGAGCUAAGAAUGUCUUCAGUCCAGAAUCUGAGAGAGUUGAUCAACCAGCGACUAACUGCUGCUGCUGAAGAAAUAUUCACAGAGUUUGAGAAAACCAUCGUCCAGUACGAGGAGGAGAUCGAUCGUCAGCGCAGACUGCUGGAUAACAUCUGGAAACCACAGAUCACCUUACAAAUACCAGAGCCCCCACAGAAACAUGUCUGUAUGGAGGAGAAGAAUCUCACUGUUCAGCAGCUCUGUAACCAGGAGAGGAACUCCAGUCUGGACCAGGAGGAUGCAGAACAUUCACAGAUUAAAGAGGAACAGGAGGAACCCUGCACCAAUGUGCACCAGGAGGACCUCGAGGUUUCAAAGGUUAAAGAGGAACAGAAGGAACUCUGCACCAGUCUGGAGCAAGAGCAGCUUGUUCUAAAGCAGGAGACUGAUAUCUCUAUGGUGACUCCUAUGUAUGAGGACAGCAACCACAGUGAACCAGAACCAAACAAUAACCAGCUCCUUUCUCACAACUCUCCUGUAGCUGAGAGCCAAGAUCAGGAAGGAAGCAAGUAUGUAGACUUUGGAUCAGCGAGAAAUGCAGCACUGAUGCCAAAGAUGAGGCUUCACAGAAACAGCAGCAAUAUUACCAAUGCAGACAACUGUCCAGUAGUAGAGAGUCAUGGUAAUACUUACAUAGGGAAAAAGUCUGUAAACUGUGAUGUUUGUGGAAAAGCCUUUAAGGAUAAUUACCAAAUGAAGAGACAUCACAGAAUCCACACAGGUGAGAAGCCGUAUGCUUGCAAUACAUGUGGGAAAAGAUUCAGAAGCAAUGAUAAAUUGUUGGUCCACAUGAGAACCCACACAGAUGAGAGGCCUUACUCCUGCAACAGUUGUGGGAAAUUAUAUAAAGAUGCAUCAACUCUGAAAGUACACACAAGAUCUCACACAGGUGAGAAACCUUAUGCCUGCAGCAUCUGUGAGAGACGAUUUAAAGUCAUGUCAACACUGAAAACGCACAUGAGAACUCAUACGGGCGAAAGGCCGUAUUUUUGUGAAAUAUGUGGCAAAAGUUUCAUUCAACGUAGUCAUUUAACUGUUCACAAAAGAAGUCACACAGGUGAGAAGUCAUACUCCUGACACAUCUGUGGGAGCCAAGCUUGACAACAAAGCAUCUUAGAAAAUGACAUAUUUAAAGUUUUGGCUUAUAAUAAAUGUGAACAUCAGUGAGGUACACUGUGGGUUGCAACAUAAGUCCUGUUUAUGUAGCCUGUAUUUGUUUACAUUCUGAAGAAUGGAAUUCACUGAAUUAUUAUUUUUAUGUUUACCAUUAGAUGUGCUGACGAGUAAUUUCUGAACUGUUCUAACAACUACCACACCAUGAGUGUAUUGUAUGCUAUGUCUGUAACUAUGAGAUAGUAUGAGAUCUUGCACUUGUGGCGUCUUUUCUUACAGUCAUGAGAUAGUCCCUAAUAUUUCUGAGUGAAUGUGUCCAAACUUUCUUUCCUCAUGUGAAUGCUGUGUGAUUAGUGAAUGUAGAGUUGGUUUAAAAACUUAGCCAUGUCAUUGAUUCACACUCUUACCAACAAUAACGUUUCUGUAGUCACUAAUUUUUAUAAGAGAUAUUUUUAUAUUAUUUUACAGGUGCUGUAUAAAUAAAGUUUCUUUCCUAAAAGAAGUUUGAUAAGAAGAAUGUUUCUUCCAUUGUUUUGACAUACCCAACUAUGGAAGGCUGGAAAAGCUGGAACCAAAGUGGACAGGCUCAGUUACAAGAGUGGUGAUUCAAGAGAAGAGUUCAGUCUUACAGUCUGAUACUCAGCUACGUCUCAAAGUAAAUAUUGAUCAGCUGGAGGACAACCAUGUACAGUACAUACAUACAUACAUACAUGCAGAUGAAAUACUCUUUUACUUGAAUGACUUUUUUUUUCUUCUUGUCUUUAUUAAAGAACUGGCUGAGUCAAGACCCUCAGCUGUGACGUCUCCAUGGUAACCAUAAAGAUAAUAAUACUUCCAUAGCUAUAUCAGUAGACACAUCUCAAUUUAUCUUCCUACUUAAAAGAUUUGUUAAUAGGACUUAAAUACAUAUAUAAUUUCUGGUACAGUGGAUGUGGUUGGUGACACUAACAGCGAGAAGGUGAAGAUAUUUUGCUGGAGGUUUUGUUUUUUUAUUAGAGAAAUUUUCGUUUAUUUAUCUGUUUUAUUUACAUAUUUUUGUGUCCUUUUUUUUUUUUACAAUAUUAAUUGUAUAAUAAAGCUACAAAGCGUUUUUGAAAAGAGAGAUUGAAAAGAAAAUUGAAGAAGUUGGAAAUUAAUGUCAGUGUUUCUGCCGGAGCUCCAGAGUGUGACACCGGCGGAAGUAAACAAUGCAAGGGCGCUAGCAACGUUAGCUUAAUGGAUGUUUUUGAAGGCUGUUGUGUUGUUGUGUCGCAGGUAAUAUUUCACUAGUUUAGGUAAUAAUGUCUUCAGUUCUGCAUUUAGGAGAUUUUAUAGACGAGACACAAACUGCUGAAGAAAAAGUGACAGAAUUUCAGAAAACCAUCGUCCAGCACAAAGAAGAGAUGGAUCAUCAGCGCAGACUGAUGGAUAUCAUCUGGAAACCACAAAUAAAGCUCCACAGAGUAGACCUGUCACAGCAUUUUGUCUGUAAGGAGGACACGAUUGACCAGAAGCUCUUUAACAGCAAGACCAAUUCCAGUCUGGACCAGGAGGACCCAGAUCUUCCACGGAUUAAAGAGGAACAAGAAGAACUCUGCAUCAGUAUGAACCAGGAGGACCCAGAGUCUCCUCCGAUUAAAGAGGAACAGGAGGAACCCUGCAACAGUCUUGACCAAGAGGAUCCAGAGUCUCCUCCGAUUAAAGAGGAACAGGAGGAACCCUGCAACAGUCUUGACCAGGAGAAUCCAGAGCCUCCACAGAUUAAAGAGGAACAGAAAGAACUCUGUGCUAGUUUGGAUCAGGAGGAUCCAGAGCCUCCACAGAUUAAAGAGGAACAAGAGGAACUUUACACCAGUCAGAAGGGAGAGCUGCUUGUUGUAAAGCUGGAGACUGAUCCCUUUAUGGUGACUUCUACUAAUGAGAACAAUGACCACAGUAAACUAGAACCAAACAGUGACAAGGUCCUUUCUCAUAACUGUUUUGUGACUGAGAGCCCAGAUCAGGAUGGAAAGAAGAAUGUAGAUUCAGAAUCAAGUGGAAAUGCAAAGCUGAAGCCAAAGAAGAAACAUCACAGUAACAGUGUGAUGUUAUAAAAACAAGUGGUGUCCACUGAUCAAAUACAGUCUUUUUGCCUUCUGAAGAGGGAAAAACCCAAACAUUCACAAAGUGUGUGAUGCACGACAGGUUGUUUCUUCAUUUAAAAUAGAUUUUUGGUUGAAAAUUCAAUUAAGAUGCUCUAUUUUAGAGGCAGGUCAUUUUUGACCUGAGGACAAGGGGAGUGGACAGGAUCUUAAGACAACACGAGGGUUAAAAAAAAGACUAAUUUAUUGGAUCAAAUCAGUCAAAUUAUUGAUUAAAGAACUUAAUAUUCAGCUCUAGUCUUUAGUUAUUGGUUGUCUCAGGAAUUAAUGAAGCUGUCAUGUUGUUUUUGGGCCAUGUUAGUAGAUACACUAUGCAGCAGAGGUGAAUGUGCUAUCUCAAUUAAAUGUCAGACAGUUCUAGAUUGUAUUAUGUUCCAGUUAUUUGUUGUUCCACCAAAUUAAAAAUGAACCAUCUAGGUUGAUGCUUAGAUUUACUAAUACAGGUCCCAAAGUAAGAACUCAGUGCAACAAAAGUCAGUACACCUUUCAUUACUGAGACGCAAACCUUUUAUUGUUGCAAUACUUGGUAUGUAAACCUUUAUUUUUGAUGACAAACUCAGUCGUCCACAUCCUGUGUCAACAAUUUUGUCAAGAGAUUCUUUACAGAGAUUUUUGUGACCUGCUCUUUCUGAAGGGGUUGUGUUGCUUUAGCUUUCUCUUUAAAAUACCCAAAAGGUGUCCUGUGGGAUUCCAAGUCAGGUGACAUAGUUUACCAAGUCGUAGUUUUUUUUUUACUUCCGCCUUCUUUAGAAACUCCUCUUCAAUGUUCUUUUUUAGUAUGAUUUAGGCAGUGUGCUUUGGAUGGUCAUCAUACCAGAAAAAUCCUCCUCUGCCAGGUUUCUGCAGGUCAUGAGCCACUUCUUUUAGCCAGUAUUUUGGUGUAACCACAGGCAUACAUUUACCACUUAUAAAUAAGCAACAUUUCACUACAGAAAUUCAGGACAUGCACAAGGUCUUGCCAUUGUUUCAUUGAACUUUCCUGUUUUUUCAUAGCAAAUAGCCUUUCUGUUUCAACUGCGGUGUAGGAUCCAAUGGCUUCGGCCACUAAGUCCUCUUAAUCACAGACAAAAACAAAAGUUACUGGACACAACUCCAGUUCUGUGAGCAUGCAUAUAAUGGAAAACUGGAGGUUUGUUGUGGCUUUUACAUCGGUAAUGUGAUGCUAGAGAAGAACACUGCUACUAGAUGAGGAUGUCAAAAGGGAAGAAAUGGUUCUAUUUGUUUACCAGAAACUUUUUGGCAUGACAAGCAACACAGUUUUUCAGGGCCACUCAGAUGGACAGUUGGCUCCCAACAGAGGAUAAACAAGGAUGGUUUUUGGAGUUAGAGCAUGCACAAAGUUUCAGGGUGCUCUAAAAGGACCCUGAAAUGGCUUAAUGUCAUUCGCCCAUUGCAGGACCUUGUGAGUAUGUGGCUUAUUUAGGACCUUUGAAAUGAUAUAAAGAAUAAACUCGUUCAGCUAGUUACAAUGGCUUAAGUGAA